AUGGCUGGCAAUGCGCUAAAGAGACUUAUGGCUGAGUACAAACAAUUGACAAUAAAUCCACCGGAGGGUAUCGUUGCUGGACCAGUGGAUGAAAGAAAUUUCUUUGAAUGGGAAGCGUUAAUUGCUGGACCAGAAGGUACACCAUUCGAAGGCGGUGUCUUUGCUGUACGCUUAAACUUCCCAUCAGAUUAUCCAUUAUCUCCGCCUAAAAUGCAAUUCCUAACUGAAGAACAACCUGCAGCGACCACCAGUUCUCAAAGUAACCUUUUACUACUUGACAAAGAAGAUUCUGUAUCAUUUCUGAGUGCAUUAAGAGUACCAGGUGUUAUUGAAUACUCAUUGACCUUAUUCUUUGCUAAAUUAGUUUCAUACACCUUUCUAUUCUGGUUACCAAUGUACAUCCGUGAUGCUGGUGGUUUUGAUCCAUCCGCAUCAGCAGAUUUAUCAGCUGUUUUUGAUCUCGGUGGAAUAAUCGGUGGUAUUAUCGCUGGUUAUGCAUCGGAUACAACUGGUGCAAGUGCUAUCACAUGUGUUGUCCUGCUUACAUUAUCAAUACCUACACUAUACUUAUACUCAAUUAUUGGUUUUUAUUCUUUGGCAACUUGCAUAGGCUUACUUAUUCCCUUGGGUUUGUUUGUUAACGGGCCAUACUGUUUGAUUACAACAGCCGUAUCAGCUGAUCUUGGUACACAUCCAUCAUUGGCGCAGAAUUCACGUGCAUUGGCUACUGUAACAGGCAUAAUUGAUGGAACAGGUUCAGUUGGUGCAGCUCUGGGUCCGUUAUUAUGCGGCCUACUGAAACCGUAUGGUUGGUCAGUUAUCAUUGUUAUGCUUAUGAUAGCAUUAGCUUUAGCUGCUAUUGUAAGUCAAUGCUUUAUUUUGGUUGGUCAAUUAAAAUUAAUGAAUUGUAUGUAA